AUGUCUUCUCUCCCGUCUCUCACAACCCCUCCUACGGCGCCACUUCAAAAGUCAACGCACUUAUAUGCUGUUCACCAAGUUCCGCUCAAAUGCGACGUUUACGAAGCCGGCGACUACCCCGUCAACAACCCGGUUUUCCUCUUCUUCCACUCGGGCGGCCUCGUGUGCGGGUCGAGGAGCAUGGUACCUCCCUGGCUUGUCCAGACCUGCUAUCAACGAAAAUGGCCUCUUGUGAGCGCUAGCUACCGUCUGCUCCCUCAAGUCGACGGCGAUGGGCUGGUUGACGAUGCAAGAGAUGCCUACGAGUUUGCCCGCGUGUACGGGGCCAGCUCCAAAGGAAAUACGCGAAACGUCGUUGUGGGCGGCGCCAGUGCUGGGUUCUUCUUGGCUGCCAUCAUAGCCCACCAUCUAAAUCCCAAGCCCAUUGCGUUGCUCUCGAUCACCGGGAUCCCCACGUUCCAGCACGCCUUCUUCAACUCUUCGACCCUGAUACCGCCUGAACCUAUCAGAGAAGAGGACGUAGAGCACCUGGUCUCUGAGCCAAUUUCGGUUGGCAUGAGCCCAUAUGAUGCCGCAGCAAUCUUUUUCACCGACAAGCUACUUCCCGGUGGGGCGAGGAACCCGGAUUUUCAGCCUCCCCUCCGGCCUCCGUCCCCCGCUAGCGAGUCUCAAGAUAUCAACCGCGGCUUACUCUAUGAUUACUAUCUCUACGAGAAUAUGUAUCCAGCCUUGGUCAGCAGCGUUGAUCCUGGGUUCGAAUGGGCUAGGGAGGAGUUGCAGAAAUCUAAGCUAAACGAUUGGCCAUUGACAGUAUUCAUCCAAGGAGACAAGGACACAGACGUAAGCCCAGAUGUUUGCGCGGAUGUAGCCGAGUGGCUGGGGGAUGAAGCGGCGGUCCUUUGUAUGGCCAAAGGUCAGCACCAUCUCUUUGAGAAGGCUUGGUUUCUUGAUGCGGAUCCGCAACAAGCACAGGAUGGUGAUCCGAUGGAUGCGGUGAGAAGAGCUGUUGCUGAGCUAGACAAGGCUGUGUCAAGGUUUGCGCAUUAA